AUGACGCAGAGUCCAUUGACUUUCAAGGAUGUGGCAAUCAGUUUCUCCAAGGAGGAAUGGGAAUGCCUGGACACUUCUCAGAGGGAUUUAUACAGAGAGGUCAUGUUGGAGAACUACAGCAACCUGGUUUCUGUAGGCCUUUCUGUACCAAAACCAGAGCUAGUCACCUGUCUUGAAAAGAACAAAGAACCCUGGAUCAUGAACAUAGGGGAAGUAGAAGGUAGAGACUCAGGCCUUUCUGUAUCAAAACCAGACGUAGUCACGUGCCUUGAGCAGAACAAAGAGCCCUGGAUCCUGAACAUAGAGGAAGCAGAAGGUAGAGAAUCAGCUCCUUGCCUACCAUCCCUGUAUGACACUAACCCAUUGUCAUGA